AUGGCGCACGUCGACGAGAAAGAAAACAUUGCCGACGGGCUCGUCGCGAACACGUCGUUCAAGGCGCCGUCGUCAUCCCCGGGAAAACCUGCAAAAAAGAAGACGCGCAGCAAGAGCAUCGGCCCCGGCGGCCUCGAACAGGCAGAGGAGCCCGCGCUCAAGGCCAGCAGUGGGAAUAGGCGGAAGUCUGCCUUUGUGCCCGCCGUCAAGUCCAUCUUGUCGUCCAACGCCGAAGACGAAAGGAAACGUAAGGAAGCGCGUCGCAAAUCGCUGGCCAAGAGACGCGUAUCUUUUGCGCCCGAGGCGACACUGCACACAUGGGACGUUGUCGAAUACAUGCGCGAUGCCACCAGCUCCUCGGCCGCCUCGGACGCCACACGACGCGCCUCGCUGGCCUCGCAGGCACCGCAGCCCGAGUCCGACCCCGUCGAGCCGCCCUCCACGCCGCCUGAGCAGGUGGCAGAGCCAGCGCUCGAGGACGAGACGACGCCCGCGAACCAGCGCGAGAGCCACCAGAAGAAAAACCGCCGCAGCUCCGGCAUCCCGCCCAUGAACUUCAACAACCCGGACGACGUCUACUCGUCGAGCCCCCUCAGCGGCGACCAUGCUUCGCCCGGCGACCGAACGGCCGACAGCGAGUCCGAGGACGACGACGCCACAGCGAACAUUGAUGCCACGCCCGAAACAGAGGACAGCUCGCAGAGCAGCGCGCGGCUCGAUGCAGCGCUGCGCCAGGCUUUCGCCCAGGCAGGAACACAGCGACUGGAUCUGGACGAGGACGGCGAGAUGACCAUGGAGAUGGCCGAUGAUGAGAUCACAGCCUCUUUCAAGCCGUGGGCGCGUAAGAGCGCAGAGGCUCAGCAAGAGAAGGGAGUUGAUAGGUCUUCGUCGCCCGCCAGAUCCGAGGCCGACGACGACAACGACAUGAGCAUGGAUGUCACACGCGCAAUUGGCAGGAUCGUCGAACAGCCAGAGGCACAGAGCUCAGACUACGAGGACGACACAGGCAUGAGCAUGGAGCUCACCAUGCCGCUCGGCAGCAUCCAGGCCAUGGCUGCAAAAGCACCUGCGAACCGGAGGAAGAGCCUCAAGCGCAGGGUGUCUGCAGUCGAGCCGUCCCAGGGCAGUCCAGCAAAGCGACCUGCCAGCCGUCGCACCAGCCUUCGUAAUCGCCGCAAGUCGGAGGAGCCCGCCGCUGACGAUGCGACGAUGGACCUCACCAUGGCCAUUGGGGCUAUCAAGAGCAACACGCCCAGCGAACAGCAGAACGAGUCUGACAGGCGCAGCAGUGUGGGCAGCGUUGCCAUGGACGAGACUAUGGAUCUUACCAUGGCGGUCGGCAGCAUCAAGACGGCUACAACCACAGAAACACAGGAGAGCGACGAAGAAGACGAUGGGUUCACUAUGGAGUUUACCAAGGUUGUUGGACCAGGGAUCAAGCGUGUCGACAAGCCAGCAGCGACCCCGGAGCAGCCUGCAACAGUCAACUACCCGCUUCUGCCGGAGCUCGCAAGGACACCCACGCCUGAAAAGCCUGCAUCACCGCAGAAUACUGAGGACGUCCAGCAAGACGAAGACGCUCAGAACGCUGCUCCGGAGGCACAGCUCGACCCCCUGCCGGUGCCGGUAGAGCGCACGCCAACAAAGUCUCCCGUCGCUGCAAAGCUGAACCUCGACCCUGGCACUCCUGAGUUUGUGCGUCAGCUGCCAGCCGGCGAUGUAGAGCCUUCGCCAUUCGUGAGGAGAACUCCACUGAGCUCCCUCAAGGAAGCCGUCACCACGCCUGUCAGCUCCACAAAAGCCAACAGAACCACUACACCCCAGAGCGGCACCAAGAAGAGGGAGUCUCUCAUCAUCCCCGCGGAUCCCAUCGACGCGCCCAUCCUCAACAGACGCCGUUCGUCGCUGUCUGGCGUGCAGUUCAGUCCUCUCAACGCGCCCCGCGAGGAGCCGACGUUGAGAAGCACAGCUUUGCUGUCGAACAGCAUCAAGCUGCUGUCGACGCCCCGCAAAGCAUCCCUGAUGUCGCCAGUGAAGCGGGGCAUGACUCCAAAGAAGUCCCAGACUCCUCAAAAGCAGGCAACGCCCAAGCAGAAGACCCCGACGCCCAGGAAGAGCUCGAGCCCGAGGAAGCGCGUCGUCUUUGGUGCUGAGCCCGAGAAGGAGGAACCACCCGCCGAGGACGUCGAUGAAGAUGUGUCGGAGAUCGAGCGCAUCUCCUUGUCGGAGUUUUUGAGUCUGACCAAGAUUGCCUUCAUGGACGUGAGCGCCAGCAAACGGCGCGCCACCGUGGCCCCGGCUGCCUUCCACGACAUGGAUGUCGACGAAACGCCAGAGACACUAGACCGAUACGUGGUCGCAGGCGCGUGCACGUUGCCAGAGUACGAGCUCUACUCGCACGCGUGCCACGAGAUGAAGAGGUACAUCUCGUCCGGUCGCGAAGCGGUCCGUCAGAUCGAGGCCAAUGUCGAGGAAGAGAACCCGCUGCUGUUCAGUGAGUACCUGACAGCACCGCCAGACCAGCGUGUCGUCAUGGACAACCAGUUCAAGAACCUGCGGACAAACGCUCGUCUUGAAGCUCGGGGCGAGUGGUAUGCCUGGAGGAGCACGCUGCUGGGCACCCUCAAGGCCAGCCUCCUCUCCACACUCGACAGCUUCACCCACGACGAGGCCUGUCUCUUCACCCAAGAACGACUGCUCGACGUGGUCCUCCCGCCUCUGAUUGAGAAGCAGGAACAGCUGUCCGCCGAGCAGAAGCAGCUGCAGCAGCGCCACGACGAGCUCAACAGCUGCGAUCGCGAGGAGCUUGAGCAGACCCGCGAGAACCUCACCGCCACCGACGCCGCACUGCAGGCGAAGCGCGAGCUCCUCAUGCAGAUGCAGCAGGACCUUGCCGACAAGGAGGCGCGUAUCGACGCUGUGAAAGAGCGCAAAGUCGACUGUCUCGCCGAGAUCAAAGCGGCAGAACGCGUCCGCGAAGAAUGUCGCGGCUGGUCUUCGACCGAAGUCAGGGACCUGAAAGCCAAAGUCGCCGCCCUCGAGACAGCGCACGGCUGGAGCAUAACCUCCGCCUCCUCGACCAGCAUCACCAUGACGCACCUCUCCGACCUCGAGCUCUACUUCCAGCCGCAGUGCUUCGCCACCGGCUCGACCACACCCAACGGCUCCAUCUCGCUGGCCUACAUUGGCGACUCUGCGCAGCCACACUCCCGACCGCUGACCACGAGCAAGCGCUUCUUCCUCCAGCUCAUCCGCGCGCAGCUGCACUGCAUCCCCCAGGGCCAGACGUCCAUCUCCGCCGUGCUGGCACUCGUCAAGAGCGGCUGGACGACCGCGCUGGCCGUUGCCGAGGGCGUGAGAUGGCUCGAGCACAGCUACGUGACGGAGGAGUGCAUCCUGAGCGACGAGCGCAUGGGCGUGCAGGCCGACAUGCUGCUGCCCAGCCUGCAGACCAAGGUGCGCGUCCACUUUGAGAUUGGCGUCGAGCUCAGCGCCGCGGGAACCGCAACCGACGUCGGCGUCAAGGCUGAGGUCGUCUACGGCGAGAAGUACGGCGAGGAGAAGAUGGGCGCCUUCCUUGGGGAUUUCUGCGGCGCGGUGGUCAGGCCCGAGAGGGAUAUGACGGUCUGGGCUGACGGCUUGCUGGACCUCGCGCUCCGCCUGAAGAAGACCGGGCGUAAGGGCGAGAGGAAGUAG